AUGUCACUGUUCACAAAGAAGAAACCAGGGCCACCCCUUCCCGGCGGCCUCAAACCAUCUCGUACCGGUUUUAUGGGCUGCUUCAUCGGCUGCAAAAUUCUCAUAAAAUUGAUUCGCCAACAGAAAGGCCUAAUCGAAACCGGUGAAUGCCUCGACAUGAUCCGCAUGGUCCAAAUACGCAUUGAAAUGCAUCUCAACGGGCGUGUCAUCGGGCAGACACAUGGCAGCAGCAAACCCGGUGAGCCGUGGCUCAACGGCUUCGUCGACUGCCGCAAUGCCUUUAAAAAGCUUGAGCGUGAGGGGUGGUCCAAAAAUCCAUACCCUUACAACGACGCCAUCGAGCGUGAACACUGGACUCUGUACAUGCCGAUCUACGACCGCCUGCUUCGCCUCGUCGAACGCCUGUUCAAAGAAAUCGGCGUCUGGAGGUUUGGCAGUGAAGCGGAGUGGGAAGCUCAGGAUGGGCACUUGUACGGAAAGGAGUCCGUGGAAACUAAGCCCGCCGGCAAGACCGUCAAGUUCGAAAAGCAUGUGGGUGGGUGGUAUUAUGAUGAUGCGGAUAUGCCCUGCACGGCGGGUAAAGGGGACGAUGAAAAGUCGCGGAAGGCAGCGGCGUUUACGAAGAAGCUGGCGGAGGAUGGUUGCAAGGAUGGUUUUCUCAAGAAAAGGAUCCAGGAGAGGAGGAGCGAGGGGUUGAUCAGUCCUACGGUGGAGAAUUGGAACGAGUACGAUGACGAGGAGGAUGAAGAAGAGAAGAAGGAAAUGGAGAAGAUCAAGGUUGCGGUGCAAGAGUGGAAUUUGCUUGAUUAG